GCGAGUGGACGGACGAGGAGGCCGACGGACCAUCCGGGUUGCGUCUGGACCAGUACUCUAUGGUUGCGCUUCCUCUCUAGCCGUCCGAGCUCUAUGCUCCGCGGUCGCUGGCCGCCCGCCGCCAGCCGGCCAGCGGGGAAGGGUGCGCAGAGGGAGGCGGGGCGGGAAGGCUAGAGGUGUCUCCUCCACCCGCGCGGCGGGAGACCCGAGCCGGCUGGGUGACAGCUCUUCGGCCGCCAUGUCAGCCAGCGGGAAUGGGAACAGAGCGGGCGCCCGGCCGUAGCCCCGCGUUCGCCUCCGACUCGCAGGUACCUGCCCAGCUAAAACAGAGCAGAGUGUGUUCUCUGCAGGCAGGCUCACUUGAGGAAGAAAAAAGGUGGCUGAGCCAGCCAAACUUAGUUAUUACCAAGUUUACCAAACAGAUAAAUCAGUCUACCUCCCCAGAGAUAUGGAAAGACUUGAUUGAAACUUAAAUGGUUCAACAAAAGAUGCUCUGAUGGAUGACAGCGGAACUCCUACAGAUAAUCUGCAGAUAGAGUCACAAGAUGGGUGCCAUCCCGGUGACGGUGUGGGACGCAUAGUGACAUGCUUGCCUUCUGCAUCAGAUGAAAAUGAAAAUCAGCUGGAGAGGGACGGGCACAAGUGUCUGAGCAGCGGUACCAGCGCCAUGGGCAAACCUGAUGUGCUUGCCCAGGACAGUAUCAACAAUAAUGAAAACUGCCCACCAAGCUGUGAGGUGGCUGUGUGGGAGAGCUUGGAGGAUACUUCCUGUGAAAGCCCCAGGGAUGGGCAGGCCCUUGUGGGAAGGGACAGAAAAGUACCUGGAAAAAGAAGCACAAGAACCAAAAAAGGCAUGACUAAGAUACCACAAGGGAUUGAUCAAAGAAGACAGAUCCUAUCUCCUCUGAAAGAGCUCUUUGAUUUAUACUACUCUGUCCCAGCAAGGAAUGUUAUCUUAAGAGGACUUUCUUCAGGAGCUGCCACAGCUUCAAUGCAAGAAAAUGCACUAAGUGUGUCCACACAUGCUGUGAGUGAUGAAGAGUCUGCAGAAAUAAAUGCUAAUGAUCAACCAGAAGCCCCAAAGCUAGUUCUUCAGUAUCUAUUCUCACUCAUACGAGGGGAAGUAGAGCAGUUGGAUUCCAGAGCACUUCCCCUUUGCCUUCACCAGAUAGCAGAAUCCUAUUUCCAGGAGGAGGACUAUGAGAAAGCAAUGAAAUUCAUUCAGCUUGAACGACUGUAUCAUGAGAAGUUGCUCGCAAAUCUCUCUGCCAUUCAAGAAGAGUGGGAAACAAAAUGGAAAACUGUACAACCACAUACAGUUACAUCUCUAAGGAAUUCAGAAAAAGGAUUUAAUGGUGAAGAUUUUGAACAGCUUACCAAAUUUUGUACAACACAUCAAGAUCCUCUUUUAUCCAAACAUAAGAUAGCAGCUGUAGAAAAACCUCUGGGAAGGAAAUGCUUUACACAGUUAAUAGUUUCUGAGGAUCCAAAGGAAAGAGGAGCCACAGCCAAAGAGCCGGAGAGUGAAAGUUGUCUUGGCACGGCGCCAGGGGGAGAAAGCCAGCGUCAUCAAGAGCAAACCAGGGAGAGGAGUAGCCCCUGCUGUCCUCACAUGGACAGGCUGGCGGAUCCCCCGCGCCUGCCUGUAACUUCAGGGAAGGACCACGGGGGGGAGGAGCCGCUCUGCAGCGCCGAGGCCCCGCGGGAGCUGCCCGCCCAGCCCUGGGACGCCUGCGAGGAUGACAGCCGCCUGCAGCUGCCUCUCCCGGGGCCCAGCGGAGAUGUGGCCACAAUAGGCCUGGCUGCAGACCCUGCCGUGGCGCUCCCCAGCGAGUCUAUGAGAGAGCCUCUCAUCUCCCCCGGCUCUGACCUCAUAGCACCUGCGCUGAUCUCCGAGGGAAGAUAUUCACAGACUCACAGAAAGGGACUCCGUUUACCACUUAAGGAUGCUUCGGAGGCGUUGCCCACGGACCGACUGGAACAUAGGGAAUUCAAUGAGCUGCAGCAACCCGAUCUCCCAGACAGCAAUGGAAAAUCACCGCUGGGGCCGCCUGACCCCCAGCGCUCUGAGAGCGCACUUGGUGAGGGUAAUAAGGUGUCUGUCUUAAGUGCAGCUCCUCCAGGGGUGUGUAUGGCCCCGGAGGAGGUGGUGGAUGAGGACGAUCGAGUCAGCAGAGAGACUGAAGACUAUUUGAACAGCCUUUUAGAAGGUUGCUUAAAAGACACCGAGGACUCCCUGUCCUGUGAAGAGAACCAAGAGGAAGACUCGGACCUCCUUCCAGAUCUUUCUCCUGAAGAAGCCUCCUACAGUCUGCAGGAGGAUCUGCCUUCCGACGACAGCUCUCUUUCUCUUGAUGACCUCGCAAAAAGGAUAGAGAUUGCAGAGGUUGUCCCUACUGAAGGAUUGGUCUCUAUAUUGAAGAAGAGGAAUGAGAGUGGAGGAGACCAUCCUGCCCAGAUGCAGCAGAAACCAUCGAAGCGAAGAGUAAGGUUCCAGGAGAUCGAUGAUGACUUAGAUCAAGAUGAAGUUGGAGGUGGUUCCUGUAUUUUACUGGUCUUGCUGUGCAUAGUGACGGUGUUCCUCAGUAUUGGGGGAACUGCAUUGUACUGCACUUUCGGUGACAUGGAGUCCCCCAUGUGUACAGACUUUGCAGACAACGUGGACUUCUAUUACACCAAGUUACUGCAGGGAAUGGCAGAACUGAAACACUGGAUCUACCUCUCCUAGCAGCACGCAAGAGGCACAGACAUGCUGGCAGUGAAAAAGAGUGAAACUUUCCAAACAGCUUUUAUUUCAGGAGUUCUGUAACAUGCGUCCCUCCCCCAGUGAGGAGCCCUGACCAUCCAGAAAUGGCAGCUUUAAAUGGUAAUCCUGAGGAGCUCUUAGAGUAAUCCACAUACUGAGGCAGAUAUCCGUUUGAGCAUCGUGGAUGGGAGGAAUGGUCUUUGGAGGGCACGUCCCCUGCUCUGUGCUGCUUCCUAGUGUAGUGAGCUAAGCUGAGCAGAGUUCAAGGGCACUGUUGCAGCCGCAUCAUUUUUAGCUGCCUUGUCAAGCUAAUAGUUAAAGGACACUUGGUUUACAUUUGUUAGUCCAAAGACAUUGCUUCCAGCCAUCAUGCAAUAAGUUUGUGUAUGAUCAAAAGGAGUUACCUUACAGUUUCAUUGUCUUUUUUUUUCUUUUUUUUUUUUUUUUUUUUUAGUUAACCUUGGGAGCUAUGUAAUUUAGGCUUUUUUUGUGCAUUAUUUCCAGAUUCCAUUUUCCAUUUGUGAAAUGAUUGUGUGUGUGCACACACAUGAGCGUGUGUGCACACACACAUGCAUGCAUGUCUGUUUCAAAUGGUUAUCAUAAGCAGAUACCCGACACAGAAUAACAAAGAUGAUCUUUAUUUGAACCUGACUGUAGAUGUGCAGGCACAAAUAGAAGGCUUAACUGUGGAACAGAUGAAUGGUAGAAAUCUUGGCCCUGAAAUCAGACAGUGUGAUAGAUAUGUGACAAUUAAUUUGAUUAACUUGACAGAAAUUAAUCACAGGCCUAGAAGUAAAGAGCUUCCUCUCAGUCUCAGCACGCCACUUCAUUGUGGAUACAGUGCUUCCUGGGGUAUGAUGAAUGCUGGACUCACUUCUCAGGACAUGAACACCUAUUUAUUAUGCUUUGAAAAUAUAAGAACCAGAAUACAAAGAUAAGAUGUUAGUUCCUGCUCUAAAUGUUUUAAUUCUGGUCUUAUGUAAAAUAAACUCCUACUUUCACAAAUGCAAUUAAAUCACAAUAUAUAAUUCAGUAUUAACAAAUCACGUGUUCAGAUGUUUGAAUGUGCAUUCAUAUCAUGGGUUUGAUUUAGACCUCUUAUGGGGUCAUGAAGCUAAAAUUCAAUCAAUCAUAUCUUAAAUAGAUAAGUGUCAGAUUUUUGUUUAAAUGUGUCAGUUCAGUGGCAUUUCCUUUUCUAAGGUACAGUCUAACAUUUAGAAAGCCUUGCUUUGGCUUUUUAUAGCAUAGGCAGCAUUUUAACAGAAACAGGACACAUGAAUUCUAGUUUUUUAGCAGAUGAUCAUCGUUUUGUAUUUUUUGUUUAGAUCAUUUGAAAGAAAAAGGGAGAAAUUACUUUCUAGUUGUUACUGGCAGGUACAGUAGCUCCCUGUGUGUUUCUGCUUAUUUAUUUCGAUCAUGUGAAUUUUAAAGGGCUUUUUAUAUAAGUUGGAAGUGUGUUGUUGAGCAUGCAUUCGGUUAUCCCGAUGCUACAUAUUUAAUUGCUCUGUACUUAGUGUUUUGAUUUUCUAUAAUUUCAGUUCGGUAUAUUUUUAGGCUUGUUAAUUUUUGAAUUGAUGUUUUAUUUUCACUUAUAACACUGUUUGACUUAUCUCUUUCAUGUCACCAUAAACUGUAAUAUUUUCAAGAAUUAUAGAUCAAAGAUAUUUAUUUAGAAGUGUACAAGAUACUGAAAUUUAGAUUCCUUAUACUUAAGGCUGAUUUUAUUAGAGGAUUAUUUUAAUGUUCUAUAAUAAAUUUUAAGAAUUUGUAUUCAGAUUGUAUGUAAAAUAUGUAAAAAGGUGAUGGUACUAUCUUAUGUGGUUCUAUAAAAGACAUUCACAAAGUCUGCUGUGAGGGGUAUCCCCAUCAUAGAUGAACCUUUUCUGUUUAACCCUCGUGAUUUCUAGUUACGGGAAUUUGGUGGUGGUGAUUUCUGCCAAUUUUAUGUCAAGAUAAAUCAGAAUUUCCCUCCUGUUCACCUCCUUUAGGUCACUGUCAAAGUCCUAAAUAAUCUAUAGUGUCAUAUUUGUCUAAAGGCUGCCAGGGCCACUGCCUCUGAAACCGAAGCUCUCACCCCAAGGCAUAAGGACUGAGAUCUCCUACCUGGUUCUCUGGGCCCAGCUGAGUAUCAGAGAGGCCAUGUGUGUACUCACCACUUUCCGGGGAGGGCAAGGUGAGCUCAGGAGCUAAUUGAUAUCUUGACUUAAAAUAAGCAUGAAAUGUCAACUAGAAAAAUUAGGGCAACUUUAAAAAAAUGUAAUAGUCAUUUAUUGCAUGAAUUGGAUUAAUUCCAUCUGGUGAUAAAAAAGAAAAUUGUUAUCUCAUGCAUAAAAAAUUCAUUCCAGUUUUACUACGAUGUAACCUUUUUCUGCCAUUUGAAAGUACUGACAACUAUUUGUAACUAAUCUUCCUUAAAAACUGUAUUUGAGGGUAACAGAUCAAGCUUGUAAUUUAAAAUUACACCAACAAGU